AUGAUUCUUUAAACAAAAUUUUCUUGGCGGAAUUAGGGCUUUUCCCACGUUUUCCUCCCUUCUCCGUCAAUCUUAUACGCACAAUUGUUUAAUUCUUCAACAAUCGCUGAAGAAGCCCACCUUCUUCAAAUUCUAGAAAUGGUCAUCCACCUGCUCCACGAGUUGACGGCAACCACCAUUUUCAUUUCCCAACUUCUUCGCCGGUCAAACUGCGGUAACAAUUAUGGACAAAAUCGCAUUGUACGAGAAGGUGUUCAAGCAGGUCGACGGCGACGGUGACGGGAAUCUAUCUCUCCCGGAGUUGCAGCGGUGCAUGGCGGUCGUCGGGGGUAGCUUGACACUCGAGGAGGCGGAGAAAGUGGUGGAGAAUUUGGAUUCCGACGGCGAUGGGUUGGUGAGCUGGGCUGAAUUUGUUGCGUUUAUGGAAGGAGUAGGAGAGGAAGAGAAAGUGAGUGAUUUGAUGGAGGCGUUCAGAAUGUAUGAAAUGGAUGGCUGUGGAUUCAUAACCACUAAGAGCUUGAAGAGGAUGCUGAGUAGGCUUGGGGAAUCCAGGAGCAUCGAGGAAUGCAAGAAAAUGAUAGCUAAAUUUGAUCUCAAUUCUGAUGGUGUUCUUAACUUUGAUGAGUUUAAGUUCAUGAUGUCCUGAUUUUCUUCCAUUUUUAUGUGUUCUCAACUUAGAUUUUUGGUCAACAGUUAUAUAUGAUUUACUCUUUGUCCUUGUGUU